UAAUCUGUUAACUUGCGAUCUCUGAUUGCUUCUUCUUCUUCUUCUUCGCUUCACAAUCUCUUGAGACUUUCGCAUCGGAGCAAUAUAUAUUCAUUCACGGAAUCAGUGAAUUUUAGGGUUUUGUUAUCAAAUCUUGAUCGGCGAUGGAACGAACAAGCAACGGAGGAAUGUUGUAUCACGAGGUUCAAGAGUCAAAUCUGUGCGCCGUACACUGCGUCAACACGGUGUUGCAAGGACCUUUCUUCUCUGAAUUCGAUUUAGCUGCCGUCGCCGCCGAUCUUGACGGGAAGGAGCGUCAGGUUAUGCUUGAAGGAGCUGCCGUUGGAGGGUUUGCGCCCGGCGAUUUCUUAGCUGAAGAGUCGCACAAUGUUUCUCUUGGCGGCGAUUUCAGUAUCCAGGUCUUGCAAAAAGCUUUGGAAGUGUGGGAUCUACAAGUGAUUCCACUCAAUUGUCCAGACGCAGAGCCUGCGCAGAUAGACCCUGAGCUUGAAAGCGCCUUCAUCUGCCACUUGCAUGACCAUUGGUUUUGCAUAAGGAAAGUGAAUGGUGAAUGGUAUAACUUUGACAGUCUCCUUGCUGCCCCGCAACAUUUAUCGAAGUUCUACCUUUCUGCGUUCCUAGACUCUCUCAAAGGUUCAGGAUGGAGUAUCUUCAUAGUGAAAGGAAACUUCCCACAGGAGUGUCCCAUGUCGUCUUCAUCUGAAGCUUCCAAUAGUUUCGGACAGUGGCUUUCUCCUGAAGACGCAGAGAGAAUAAUAAAGAGCACGAGCUCCUCAGUACGAGGUUCUUCUGCUAGAAACAACAGAAGUAAUGACAAUGUUGAUCAACAAAGACCAAAUCAAGCAUUGUCACGUGAGGAAGUGCAGGCUUUUUCGGAGAUGGAAGAUGAUGACUUGAAGGCAGCAAUUGCGGCGAGUUUGCUUGAUGCUUCUGCGGCUGGGGCCAAUCUCGGCGAUAUGGGGACUUCUCAAAAGGAAACUGAGAAAGAAAAGUAGCAGAGAAAAUAGAGAACACGUGUUAUUGAUGGAGGUGGGAAAUAUUCACUUUUGUUUCUUUGUUUUGGUUUGUUAUCAACAAUUUUACAUACAGAACAGAGAAAAGAAAGAAAAGGCUUACAUCGAAAGAUAGAGAAAACAGAGAAUAAUAAACGGUUUGUGAAUUGUUUUUGUUUGAUUUCUUUUGCCAUCUUAAAUUGAGAAUAAAGAUUCGACCUUCUCGAAUUUAUAGGAAAUUACAUCUGAAAAGGAAAAUGCAGUCUGAUAAAGAUACAUAAAUUUAAACACU